GUCGGUCCCCGUCCGGAGUGCUGUCGCUGCAGCCUCGACGCCUGGAGGAGGGAGGCGCCUGCAGCGCGGCCGGCCGGCGUCCGGAGGGAUGCGGGCGCGGGCUGCCGGCACCGGGGGAGGUCGGCGGGGACGCGGGCGCCGGGGGCGGCUCUCCGGGCCCGGACCACCAGCGCGUCGCCGGCCCUGCCCGGCCUUUCUCCGCGGCUCCCGCUGCGCCCGGCGCCUGACCCCGGCGGAGGCCGCUCCCGGCCGCUCGGAGCCCGAGAGGAUGGCUGGGGCCGGCGGCCAGCACCACCCACCGGGGGCCGCAGGAGGAGCGGCCGCAGGGGCCGGCGCCGCGGCCACCCCCGCCGCCGCGUCGGCGGGACCGGGAGAGGACUCGUCUGACAGCGAAGGGGAGCAGGAAGGACCCCAGAAACUGAUCCGCAAGGUGUCCACGUCGGGGCAGAUCCGGACCAAGACCAGUAUCAAAGAGGGACAACUAUUGAAGCAAACCAGUUCUUUCCAAAGGUGGAAAAAACGCUACUUCAAACUUCGAGGCCGGACACUUUAUUAUGCAAAGGACUCCAAGGACGGGCGGAAGUAUGCCCACCAGCAAGGACUGGCUGACUGCCUUCAAAAAUACUUGAAAAACUCCUAA